AUGCCACUCGACCUCGGCAUCGUGGGGUUGGUAGGUUCAGCGAUCAAACUGUCUUGGAGCAUAUAUGAGAAAGGUUUUACCAAGGAGAAGUCAUUGCCGCAACGUUACCUUGAGUUUGGCGACGCGCUCUUUCGACUCCACUCGAACCUCACCACCAUCGCAUCUAUCGUAGAGACAGCGAAUGGCAGCUUAGAGGCCGACACAAUCAGCGCCUUUGGUCCUAAAAUAUACGAUACAACAUCGCUUACAGAGAUCAUUGGCAAUUUUCGAUUGACGCUGGAAGAGUGUCGUCAAUUGCUCAACGAUGAUGACAAGUUCCGUCAAAAGAAUGGGUUCAUCACUAAUAUCAUCUACAACAUCAACAUCGACCCCCAAAUCGUACGAUUGACCGAGCGAUUGGCUUUUCACAGUACCAAAAUUGGUCUUGUGCUUGACCCUUUCAAUAUUCACGUACAAACCCAGUUGAGGAACUUGCACAAAGAGCAACAUCAAGACAUCGCAGAGUUACUACAAGAGCUGAAACACCUGCUCAUAUCCGGGCGAGAUCCAGUCAGUGAGACACCGGUUCUGCACAUCAAACGAGAUCUUGAGGUUCCCACUGAGCUUUGCGAGCGAUUCACAUUGGAGUCGCAACGACGCCUUUCGUCAACCUCGUCAACCUCUUCAGCCAACGAUGCCACAGUCCAUGAGGCGCAAAUUUCGGUCAAGGAUGGGCUGGAGGCCUUCUUCUACCACUUCAAUGGUAUUUCACAAGACGGGGAUUCCAUGUCGUAUCUACGUCUUAUGAAGAGCAUUUGGAUCAUGGACAAGAUCCGAGGGAGUCACGAUUGGACCAAGAUCCAACGCAUCAACCCAGGGGGUCUUUACGAUAGAUGCGUUAGGGAGAUGGAUAGACGACUAAGAGCCGAAUGCAGCCGAGUUGCUAGCCGUCAGGUUGCGCGUUCCAGGUUGUCAAUUAUCCUCCAACUUCCAGAAGAAGCAUUCGCGAUCUGGCCAAGAGCGGAGCCCAUCAAGGAUCAAUCGCAAACCUCGCAUCUAGGCGUUCUUCUGGAUAUCCCAGUCUUGCCUGACUCGAAGUCGCACACACUCCGUGUGGUGAGAAACGUCGACGGAACUUUAGGGAUUGAGGAUACGACUAUCACCAGCACGGAGUCUACUGGCACGGUGUCCAGUGAACGGAUCGUUCAAAAGCUCAAUAUUGAUUUGAACAGGGCGUACUUCGUUCCCAUAUACGCCAGCCCAGGAGAGCCAGGCUCGAAUCCACCCUCAUGCACGGUGAAGUUGCAAAGCUCACGAGACGGAAUCAACGGCGUCACGCCGGAAUUCAAAUCAACAAGCGACCUGUUCAAACUGCAGCACCUGAUCACUGGAUAUCGAUGUGUGAAGCAAAGGAAAAACAUCACGGUAACAUCGUUGAUCAAGGGACAGGAAUAUCCUAGUCAGUGUAAUAGUACGAAACCAACACCACGGAGAACGCCUCCUGUUCUAGCGGAGGUGGGCAAUCUCCAGCUCUGGCAGAAAGUACCAUACGAGAGGCGCCGCUCAACACGAGACGAACGCUAUGAGCCAGGACGAUCGGGCUCGGAUACAUCCAGCCCAGACCCAUCCAGCAGCAGUAGCAGCAAGUCCCUUUCCGCACCAAGCAUCAUAAGCACCAUGUCCGGCGCCCACACGCACCAAAUCUCCCUAGGCUCCUCCCGCAACGCCAUAGAACUAACCCAACCCGCACCCCCGCUCCUCGUCCUCUUCCUCAAACCGUCCGCCGCAACAGACCCCCUAUCCUUCCUCGUAAUCGAACUCGACGAGCGUACAAAGAUCGAGCCAAACAGCUGCGACUGCCGCAGCAGUACGAAACGAUCCUGCGCAAUCAGCGUCCUCGAGCGCGCGCGCAAUACGCCCCUGCUUGCCCGCCGCUUCUACGCCCGCAACGGCCUGAAGAGCUGGAAUCUAGCUGCCGUCGGCGAGCACUGGGCUGAGGCGCAGUCCCCCGGGGAGAAAUCUGUCGUGGUACGCGACAUGUACUGGCUUGGGAUUGCGUUUCAGAGCGAGGCGGAGCGGGUGGGGUUUAAUGCUAAUGUAGCGGAUCUUGUGCGUAUGUUUGCUGCGCGCAUGGAGGAUUAUCAGAAGGAUUUGAAGACUGUUAGGGGCACGCAUAUCGUUUCGCGGGCUGCUUGA